AUGAGCAUGAUGGAAGAAUUAAAAUUCUUCCUCGGAUUGCAAAUCAAGCAAACUGAAGAAGGAAUCAUGAUCCAUCAACAAAAAUAUAUCAAGGAACUGAUCAAGAAAUACAAGCUAGAUAAUGCUAAGACUAAUAACAGUCCAAUGGGUAUAACAACCAGAUUGGACGAAGAUACAACUGGAACUUGUGUUGAUCAAUCUAUGUAUAGAGGUAUGAUAGGUUCUUUACUUUAUCUAACAGCUAGUAGACCUGACAUAUCUUUUAGUGUAGGUGAUUUAGUCAAUAGAAAAAGCACUUCAGGUAUGGUACAGUUUUUAGGACCUAGUUUAGUUUCUUAG